AGCGCGACGUGAUGGGGUGUUUCGGCGAAGGAGCUCAGCCAGAGCGCCCAGUGCCUCUCCAGGGAGCGCUCCCUUCGCUGGGCUGAACGCUGCUCCGCAAAGCGCCAGCUGUGCUGGGUGCCCUGGAGGCAGAAGGCCGUUCCCGCUAACCCCGCCAGCGCCCCCAGCGAGCCGGACCGCGGCAAGGAGGCCAUGGCCGACAAGCUGAAGGACACGGGCACCCUCGGCUUCCUGGAGGCAGCGGUGAAGAUCAGCCACACGUCCCCAGACAUCCCGGCAGAGGUCCAGCUCUCCAUGAAGGACCACGUCAUGCGGCACGCACGGAUCCAGCGGCAGACCACGGAGCCGGCGUCCUCCACCAGGCACAUCUCCUUCAAGAGGCACCUGCCGCGGCAGAUGCACGUGUCCAGCGUGGACUACGGCAUGGACCUGCCGCCUGCGGCCGAGCAGCCGACCAGCAUUGGCCGGAUCAAGCCCGAGCUCUAUAAGCAGAAAUCUGUGGACUCGGAGGAUCCCAAGAAGGAGGCGGAGAAGACCUGCGGGAAAAUAAACUUCGCGCUCAAAUAUGACUAUGAGAACGAGACGCUGAUUGUGCAGAUCCUCAAGGCCUUCGACCUGCCGGCCAAGGAUUUCUGCGGCAGCUCGGACCCCUACGUCAAGAUCUACCUCCUGCCCGACAGGAAGCGCAAGUUCCAGACGCGGGUGCACAGGAAGACGCUGAACCCCACCUUCGACGAGUCCUUCCACUUCCCCGUGCCCUACGAGGAGCUGCCCAGCAGGAAGCUGCACCUCAGCGUCUUUGACUUUGACAGGUUCUCCCGGCACGACAUGAUCGGGGAGGUGAUCCUAGAGAACCUGUUUGAGGCCUCCGACCUCUCCCGGGAGACCUCCAUCUGGAAGGACAUCCAGUACGCGACCACCGAAAGCGUGGACCUGGGCGAGAUCAUGUUUUCCCUGUGUUACCUGCCGACUGCCGGACGCCUCACUUUAACUGUCAUCAAGUGCAGGAAUCUUAAAGCUAUGGACAUUACUGGCUACUCAGAUCCAUACGUCAAGGUGUCCCUGCUCUGCGAUGGGCGAAGGCUGAAAAAGAAGAAAACCACCAUAAAGAAGAACACGCUGAACCCCACCUACAACGAGGCGAUAAUCUUUGAUAUCCCCCCGGAGAACAUGGAUCAAGUCAGCCUGCUGAUCUCCGUCAUGGAUUACGAUCGCGUGGGCCAUAACGAGAUCAUUGGAGUCUGCCGCGUGGGCAUCAAUGCCGAGGGCCUGGGCAGAGACCACUGGAACGAGAUGCUGGCGUACCCGCGGAAGCCGAUUGCUCACUGGCACCCAUUAGUGGAGGUGAAGAAAUCCUUCAAAGAGUGGCAAGGGCGGGCGGCGAGCUUCGACAGCCAAGGCUCCUGUCCAUCUCCAAAGCCACCUCCCACGCCGUGACGUGCAGACGCCCUCGAGCAAACGGGACUGAGCCAAGCUGUUUUUGCACCGUCCUGCAGUCGAAAUACCUCGUUGCUGCGCGGCCGUGGCAGCAGCAGCAGCAGCGAGGUGCUCUGAGUCUAGUUGUUCCUGAAUAAGUAGAGGCAGAAAAACUGUGUCGUGGUCAACUUUGUCUUUGUCCCUCCUGUCUCCCGCGGCGAUGCGCUCUGUGGCGUUCACUCCACGGACCUGCUACCGGAGAAAGACGGUGGAAUGAGAGGCGGGCAGGGGGCUCGUGCGGCGGGCCGGCAGCCCGGAGCACGCGUGGAGGCAGGACAAGGAGCAGACACGUCCCGGUCUCCGCAAGCUCCCAGCCCAGGAGAGGGGCAGCGGGGCAGGCUGCGGCUGCAGCUUCUGCCCCCAGUGGACCCACAGCAACGAAAGCCUCGUGAGACAGCAUGUGACGUGUGAGCAGCUCUCGCCUGUUGUGACCAGUCCGAGUCCAGCCGUGUGUCUGCAGAUCCCUUGUGCGUGUGGAGGUGUUCGGAGCUGCUCGGAGGUCGUGCAGCGCGUGUCCCAAAUGUCCCGUCAUCGUUUCCGUGAGGUCUCAGCAUCUCUUUAAUGAAAAGAAAAUGUUUCCGGGGACAGGCCGAGCCCUGAAUGCUGACGCUUUGCUAAUCCCACCAGCCCGGGGUCCAGCCAGGAUGCGACUGCAGCUCUGUACAGUGUUCUUGAAAGCAGCAGUCGGCUGCUCCUCUCGGCCAGGUCUCGGGCUUCCUGACCCCGGUCCCUGGGCUCGUUCGCCGAGCCGUUGGUGUUGUUUGUUUUGCUGUUAUGAAACGAUUCUGCUUUCGACCCCGUAGAGGCAGCCGCCCCUCCCCAGCCCCUCUGCACAAGCAUGUUCAGCCAGGUCAGGAAGCAACGGAGCCCAGCAACCAAAAUCUUCAGGUCCACCUCAGGCUCCGCUUCCCACGCGUCGGCCUCCCCGGACGCCGCAGCGAACUGACCCGGACGCUCCAGAUCUGUAUGUAUCUUUGUCAGGUGAGACAGAGCCUUUGCUCGGUGAAGAACAAACCUGUAACUCCUCACCACACCUUGUGUCUUAAUUCUCUAUAUGUGCCACUGCUACACGCGCGGAA